AUGGCGGCGGUGCCGGUGCGCAGGGCGGCGUCAGGGCCCGCCCCGUGCGAGCUGGCGGCCUCCAGGAGCGCUCGCACGAAGGGCCGCCUCGCCCGCCUGCUCGAGCAGGACGAAGAGGGCCCCAGGUACGUGUGCAGCCUCCGGCUCGAGCGGGACCUGAUGGAGCGGUCGGGCCGCAUGGGCAGCAAGAGCUCCGUGGGCGACAUGAGCACGGAGGGCGACGGGGAAGGCAGCGUGUCGCGCACGUGGAGCAAAGGCAGCGCCGGAGAAGACAACAUGUCGCGCGCCUGGAGCAAGAGCAGCACCGGAGAGGACAACAUGUCGCGCGCCUGGAGCAAGGGCAGCGCCAUUCCCUUCUUCGGCCACAGCCCCAGCUGGUCUGCAUCGUCAGACCACUCGCCCAGAGCCGACGGACUGACCAGGUUUGGAAUGCCGUUGGACAUGGUGGCUGAGACUGAGAGCGGAACGGCCUCGAACGAGCUGGGUGAGGCGUUCCGUGGGCCACUCGGCCAGGCCACCUUGGCACCAGGCGUGAUGCCCGUCAUGCUGAUGCCGGCCGAGGUAGCGGUGGCAGCGUCCCCCACAUAUGCAGCAGGACAAGACAGCCGCCCCAGUCGCACAAUAGCGCUGUCUGUGCAGCCCGAGCUGUCUGCCUCCGCGCGCCCGCCGUCGCCGGCGGCCCUCUCCGCGGGAGGCCCAUCCGCGGCGCAGCCUCGCAGGAUGUCGUGGGCCGACGUCUCGCUCACAGCGCAGCCGAGCCAGGAGUGCUCCCACGAGGUCUUCCAGCCAGCGUCCUGCGGCGUCCGCCACCAGCCUGGCCAACGGGCGCAGAGGCCACGACAGCCGCCGCACCAAGCGAUGCAGCAGCAGAGACAGGACGAGGCGCGGGAGCAGCAGCAGCUUCCGGCAGCCCUCAAGGGUUCCGCGCAGCGCCCCGAUGACGAGGUGGGCGGCGUGACGAUGCGCGACCUUCUGCGCAUGCUGAAGGACAAGGAGCACCGCUGCGUCAUCCUGACGCGCAGGAUUCAGUACCUCGGCUUCUCUGCGCCGACGCAGCUCGAGGACCACUUCGGGGCCUUCGGCCCGGUGCAGGAGACGGCAGCCGGCGCCGCCGCCGCCUUCGCGGCGGGCGCGGAGCACGAGAUCGGGGGGGCCACGAUCGUCCUGGAGCCCUUCGACGAGGCCCGCUGGAAGGCAGGCUCGGGCGAGCUCGAGCAGCAAUGA